AUGGGGAAUGAUAAGUUUAUAAUACCUGCAAAUUUUACACUCUUACAAUCGCUGCAAUUACUAUAUUCUAUUGUAGCGUCCCAGUGUGAGAACUACGAAAAGCAGGCUGCGAAUCUAGAAUUGAAUAUUAAUGAUCUAGUCAAACUGUACAGAUUGUUCGACAACUUAUUACAGUAUAUGAAUGAUGGAUUGUCCAGAAUUGAAAAAUCUUACAAAUUGCAGGGCGGUUUAAGAGAGAACACAUCAAAUGACAAAGAUCUAAAGAGAAAAUUUGAAGAUCUACAGUUAUUAGGCCAAGACAUAAGAUUAUCGAGAAGAGAAUGCAAUAACAGAAUUGGUGUUUUGGAAAAUAUUAGAAACAAUCAAAGUAUAUUUGGUAAAUUCAGAAGUCGUAGUACUAAGAGAUGUAAACCAAAGUUUGAGGAUGAAAAGCAAGAAAAUACUGCCAUCGAGGCAGCAGAAAAUGUGAGAAGGGAAAGGAGGGAUAAGGAAUUGAGAAAAUUGGAAAAAGAGAAGCAACGACAAUUGGAAUUGGAUGCUCAGAAGGAGAAAGAAAUUGAACUAUUUCUAAAACAACAAUUAGAAGCUGAAUAUUUGGAGAAGGAAUCAAAGAGAGAUGCCAUUACUGCUUCAAAGAGAAAAUCUAUGCCUGAAAGAAAAGCCGUUGGUUCUCCCACCUUACCGCAGCAAUCUACCUUCACCAGCAGGAGACCUGAUAGACACAGCAUGUAUGUUAAUGGGGGUUCUAUACAAAGAACUACAGGAAAGUCAUCAGAAGAAAGUGGGUUGCGUCCAGCUGCGUCUGUCGCUAGAAGUUCUUCUACCGGUGGUGGUAGUGGUGCUCCGAAAAAGAGGUACGAAUACGUUAAACCAGUGAUUCGUCGUCAACCAAUAAGAUCACCAAGAGCUACAUCAAGAGUUGCAUCGCCGGAAAUUGUGGGGACAGAUGGAUUUAAACCUGUGGUUCGCAGAGAGAGAAAUUCCAACUCAUUAAGAAGAAAUGGGACCCCGCAAUCACCUCCAAUGUCAUCGCCACCUUUAGUUGCAGCUGGUCGUGAGAAAUUUGGCACAGAUAGUAGUGAUGAAGAUGCUAGUGAUGACAAAUCCGAUUCUUCUAUUGAUAACUAUAUGGGGAGUAGUGUUAAUGGCGUGGAUCCCAUUGCAUGUCGACAAAUUAUGAAAGAAAUCGUCAUUCAAGAUGAAGAAGUACGUUGGGAUGAUAUUGCAGGUUUACGUAACGCCAAAAACUCUUUGAAGGAAACCGUUGUGUACCCUUUCUUAAGGCCAGAUCUUUUCAAAGGUCUUAGAGAGCCAAUUAGAGGUAUGCUUUUAUUUGGUCCCCCUGGUACUGGUAAAACCAUGAUUGCCAAAGCUGUAGCCACGGAAUCCAAGUCAACUUUCUUUAGCAUUAGUGCAUCUUCACUUUUAUCCAAAUACAUGGGUGAAUCUGAAAAGUUAGUAAGAGCGCUCUUUUACAUGGCCAAAAAGAUGGCACCAUCAAUUAUCUUUAUCGAUGAAAUUGAUUCUCUGUUAACUGCUAGAUCUGAUAAUGAAAACGAAUCCUCAAGACGUGUAAAGACGGAACUUUUAAUCCAAUGGUCAUCACUUUCAAGCUCUACUGGUAAUGAUGUGAAUGCAGAUACCCGUGUUUUAGUCUUAGCAGCUACUAAUUUACCUUGGGCCAUUGAUGAAGCAGCAAGACGUAGAUUUUCUAGACGUCUCUACAUCCCCUUACCUGAAUUCGAGACAAGACUUCACCAUUUGAAGAAACUAAUGUCUAAACAGAAUAACCAUCUCUCAGAAAUUGAUUUUGAAGUAAUUGCAGAAAUGACAGAGGGGUUUUCAGGCUCAGACAUUACAGCCUUAGCAAAGGAAGCUGCUAUGGAACCAAUUAGAGAUUUAGGUGAUAGACUGGUAGAUGCAGAAUUCAGUAAAAUUAGGCCAGUUACGGUAAAAGAUUUUGAGAAGGCAAUGCUAACUGUGAAGAUGAGUGUUUCACCAGCUUCGUUACAACAAUACCAAGAUUGGGCAGCUGGAUUCGGAAGUACAGGUGCCUAA